GCCGAAGCCAUCCCCAUCUCCAUUUCCAUCACCUACACCUUUUCAGGUAUACCUUCAGGCAUGGGAAUUAUCAAUCAUCAUCAUGGUCACGUCUCCAGUCGACGAUGCAGCAGGAGGUGCAGACAUCGACCUGAUCACUCCUUCUGCUGCUUAUGGCUGCCGUGCUUUGCCAAUCGCUACCUUAUUACAGCUCGCCGACCUUCUCGUGCUGGAUAUACACUUGGAUGCAAGGCAGAGACGAUGUGCUCAAGCCAACGGGACUGUGUGAACAUGGCUUCCUGAAUGGAAAUACGUGACUAGCGAUCCCUAUGGUGCUGCUCUGCUAUCAAUACCGGAACGCCCCAGAUCUGCCAGUGGAAGCGUUUCAAGCUCACACACCCAUACGCCGAUGGCCUCACUCACCCAGUCUUGGCAGAAGCAUGCAGAGAAGAAUCCACGUGGAGGAAAUGUCCGAUCUGGAACACACUAUGCCCACUAGCAGCCCAGAGUAGUCCACAUGAUGCCCACCGGACUGCUCCACACUCGACUUCGAUGCCAUUUGUGUGGCUCUGUGCUUCGGGGAACACACUGAGACCCCGAACGAACAGCAUCAGGACACCCUCUCUCCAGUCUCCACCAGAUAUGGCGAAAAGCCGAGACUCAAUCAGAACGGAGGGCUAAAGCAAGCAGCGUCAAUGAACCGUCCACCAUUGCUUCUCAAUAUGCCGUAUUCGAGAUAGCAGCACACCCGAAUAGAAGAUACAAAUACCCUUUGCUUCCUCAUCCACAAAUCUAUCCUCAUCAUCCAACAGCAUCACCAACAGCAUCACCAACAGCCUCUUUAUC